UCCGUAUCGACAAAUUUUAUCACGUGACCCGAAACAGGUAAACAGAGAGUUUCCCAGCCAGUGUGUUUAUAUACAUACCGCAUGUACACAUUGCAAAGAUUAUCUAGUAUUAUCUUGAAAUCAUGGUGUUUUACUGCUGUGUUCCCAAUUGUAAAUCUUCAGGAUUUGAUGAAAAUGUAUCAAUGCAUAAAUUUCCAAACGAUGAAAGGCAAAUUAAGGUGUGGAAAGACAGGAUACGUAGGUCAGGGUCAUCGGCUACAAAGGAUGACUUUAGAGUAACAGCCAGCACCAGAGUCUGUUCAAAACAUUUCCAAUCUGUAGACUAUGUUUGCCCAGAUGCAGCAAAGAAACGUUUAAAGUGUGAUGCAGUUCCAUCUGUUUUCACAUGGAUUCACACACCAAAGCGGAAGUCACCGAGAAAGAGAAAGUUUGAGGACAGCGAUGAGACAGACACUGCAUCAGAAGGCGAGGAGAGAGUGCAUCAGGAAGUACAGGCUAAUAUAGUCAUGCCGUGUACUCAUAGAUUCUCAUUGAAUAACAUCGUACAUUCCAAUCCUAAGCUGAAUUUGUUACGUUUUUAUACAGGCUUUGCAACUAUUGCAGUUUUCAAUACCGUUUUAGAACUGAUUGUGCCAAAGAAGGACCGAAGUUCAAUAACAUACUGGGAUCGACGCAAAAGUAGUUCAUACACAUCUGGAGCUGAAUAUUUUGAAAGUGACUAUGAAAUGUCAGAAAGUGAAAGCAGUAAUGAAGAAGAUUUUGAUGCAUCUCAAGCAUCCAGGACUUACAAACUUUCUUUGGAGGAUGAAUUCUUACUGACUUCGGCAAACACAUAUAAAGGCCUCGUUGGAGUAGACAGUCGUGGAGGAAUAAUGUUUGUGUCACAUUUAUACACUGGUGGAAUUUCAGACAAAGUAAUUUGUCAACGCAGUGGUCUCUUUGAUUCGUUAAAACAAAAAAUAGAGACUGGCGAAUUAAAACGUGGAGACGGAAUCAUGGCAGAUAAAGGAUUUACAAUUGCAAACGAAUUGAACGAGAUAGGUCUCUGUCUAAACAUUCCUCCGUUCCUUGGAAAAAGAAAACGAUUGUCUGCUGCAAAUGUACAGGAUACACAUGUAAUAGCUCAUCAUCGGAUACAUGUUGAAAGGGCCAUAGGAAAAGUUAGAAACUUCCAUAUAUUUGACAGAAGAUUACCUAUUAAAUCUGCUGGUGUUGUAAAUCAAAUAUGGACUGAUUGUUGCCUUUUAUCAAAUUUCCAGGACCCUCUUAUUGCAAAAACUUCAACUGACGAUGACUAA